AUGUUUCGACGUCGGGAGGGCUUCGCCCCGAAACUAGCUUUUCUCGUCCUGCGGAUAACACUGUUCGUCUCUCGGGCUUUGGGCCUGUUGCCAUUCACCUUAGACGCGCAGGCAAGGCAGCUGAGGCGCAGCACUUGGCUUCUGGUUUAUGGAGUGACCGUGAACAUUUUGCUGCUCUUCCUUUUGGUGCUGUGCACUUGGUACAGUGCAGAAACUGGACAGGAAUUUGAGGUCUUUAAGCGAAGUGACGUGCUGAUGUGGAUCAACGUACUCAUCGGGCUCCUUGGCCUAAUUGUCAGCUGUGGAGUACACUGCAUUACCUUCUCGAAGAGCGGACAAGUUCUGAACAUUUUCAACGAACUGCUGGUACUGGAGGAUCAACACUUUGGUUGCCUCAAUGUGGAGGAUGCUUCGAAAUUCAAUUUCUAUGUGAUCCAGAAGUUUAUGUCCACUGUGGGAGAGGUUCUGGGCGUAUUGAUGGCGAUCUUCGGAAUGCCGGAAUUUUCUCCGUCUUGGCUCUAUGUUGUCCUCAUUUGCAUAACGCAGUUCUCUCUUGACUUGGUGGUCAUGCACUUCCUCCUGGCCAUGCUCUAUAUAUAUCGCUGUGUGUGGCUCAUCAACCGACAGCUCCUUAGUAUUGUCAGUCGCCUAAGAGUGGACUCUUUGUCAGACUCUUCGCGGAUUCAGUUGCUGGUCUCCUUAUACGUUCGACUUUUAGCGCUGAGCAAACAGCUGGAGGCCACCUAUAAAGGCCAGAUCACACUGAUACUAACAGGAUCUCUUUCUGGCAACAUUGUGAUUAUCUACUUCCUGAUCGUGUACACCGUCAGCAUGGGCCAGUUCUCGAUCCCUUUGUUAAUGUUCCCAUUCUCCUUAAUGGUGAACAUGUGGGAAUACUGGCUAAUCAUAUGCGCAUGUGAGCUCACAGAGCGAACGGGCAGGCACACCUCAACCAUCUUGAAGCUCUUCAGUGACCUGGAGCAUAACAAUGUGCACAUUGAGAGAAGUAUUAAUGAGUUUACUUGGCUCUGCAGUCAUCGCAGAUUUCGAUUUAGUCUGUACGGAUUUAUCUCUGUGAAUUUUCAAAUGGGUUUUCGGAUGAUCGUCGCCACCUUCACGUAUCUUCUCUGUUUGGUGCAGUUUGAUUUUAUGAAUUUGUAG